ACUACUUGUCAUGUCAGAGUGGAAUAUCGUGGUGGUAGUGUCGUGAAUUUACAGGCACACAAACAUAUAGCAGGCGCUCUUGUCGCUUCGGAAGUACACAAUAAUGUCGAUGUCAAAACGUUGUAUGCUAUAAACUAAAGACGUACGUGUCACAUACUUUUAAGCAAGAAAUUCAUGAGUGUGCAUAACUUGAAUGUUUUGACUUAUCACUGUACUUAGAAGGAGGUCAGCCUGUUCGCUUGAAGUAAGGUAUUUUUUUACCUGUCUAGUUCAUUUAGCUCAUAUAGAUCUAUGUGAUCGUUGUCACUAACUGAAGACCAACUGUCAAGUCAAAGCCAGGCUGUCUUGGGAGACCUGUUAUGUGAGAGCAGACGUGAACUGAAAUACUUGGCAGUAUGUUGGACAAGGUUGCGUACGGUGUUGCGGGGGCAGCAGGGGUGUCUGUUGUGGCCUGGAAGACCAUGUUUCCUUGGAUAAACCAUGACCUCAAGGUCAUGAAGGUCGGGAAGAAUGUAAAAUCUCAGAUGGAGAAAGACGCAGAAAGUGGAGAGUUUCUGAUUGACAGAUUUGAGAAACAUGUCUACAAUCAACCAAGGAAGCCAUUCAUUAUUUUUGAGGGCAGUGUUUUCACUUAUGAAUAUGUUAACCAGCAGGCUAAUAGGGUAGCAAAUGUUGUGAAGACAUGGGGACUUUCUGUGGGAGACACAGUGGCCAUAAUGAUCUACAAUGAACCAGCUUUUGUGUGGACGUUUCUAGGUCUCCAGAAAUUGGGAAUAGCAGCAGCUCUCAUUAAUUUCAACUUGCGUCAGAAACAGCUGAGUCAUUCUGUCAAUGUCAGCGGAGCCAAGGCAUUCAUUGUUGGACAAGGAGCGGAGCUGUUUGAAGCAGUCCACGUGGAGGAAGGAGAGUUCAGUGGCAUGCCGAUAUAUAUCCAAGGAUGUACAGCCAAUCAGCUGCCAGCUGGUUACAACUCAUUCGAUGAUCUCAUGGUGGUGUCGUCUCCUGUUGGUGUUGACCCCAGCGUCCGUGCAACUGUAACAUUGAUGACCACGGCAUGUUAUAUUUACACAUCAGGAACUACGGGAUACCCCAAACCAUCUAUUAUCCCCCAGAAGAAGAUGAUGGGCUAUACCCUGGGGCUUCAAGUUGUUUCAUUGAGUGUCACUGACACAGUGUACAACUGCCUUCCGAUGUACCAUGUCUCGGGAAUUGGUGUUGGCGUUGGAGGGGUUGUGUCAGUUGGACUGCCCAAACCAGUGUUUAUAAGGCAAAUGAAACUCACGUCAUUGAGUGGUGGUUUCUUGUUGGUGGACUUCAACAAGGAUGAUGUGUUGUACAUGACGUUGCCGCUGUACCACAGCGCCGGCGGCGGGCUGGGUCACUACGGUUGUAUCCGUGCUGGUGCAACUAUGGUCCUGCGAGGGAAGUUCUCAGCGUCACACUUCUGGGAGGACUGCUGUCGCUACAGAGUGACAGUCAUACAGUAUAUCGGGGAACUGUUCCGGUACCUCCUCUCACGGCCAGAGAGCCCUGAAGAGAAGAGUCAUCAAGUGCGAGCCGCGUUCGGCAAUGGUCUGCGGAGAGACAUUUGGGAGCAGGUGCAGGCAAGAUUCAGAAUACCCCAAAUAACUGAGUUCUUCGGGGCAACAGAAGGAAACACGAUGUUGUUCAAUGUCAGCAAUAAACCUGGGGCUAUUGGAAGACUCUCUCCACUCUUGCGGAAGUUGACUCCGAAUUACCAAACUUUGGUCAAAUACGACUUUGCAACAGCUGAACCAGUUCGAGACAGCAAUGGACAUUGUAUAGAAAUUAAACCAGGAGAGAAGGGCUUGUUUAUAUCGGCCAUUGCUCCCGAGAUGGAAGGAGUCGAGUUCUACAAAGCAUCAAAAGCAGCCAAUGAAAAGAAGCUUGUUCGUAACGCCUUCAAGAAAGGCGACUCUUACUUCAAUUUCGGUGACCUCUUCUACCUCGACCGAGAAUACUUCGUGUACUUUGUUGACAGAAUCGGUGACACAUUCAGAUGGAAGGGUGAGAAUGUGUCCACAACAGAGGUGGCCAACAUUUUGUCCUCCCUGGACUUUGUCCAUGAUGCCAACGUCUAUGGUGUCACUGUUCCAGGGCACGAUGGUCGUGCAGGCAUGGCAGCCCUGACGCUGUAUGACGAUAGACCUUUGACCCCUGAGCUCCUGCGAACCAUUUGGAAACACAGCGAGGAACAUCUAGCUACAUAUGCCCGUCCAAUGUUUCUGCGACUUCAAAAAGAGGCUACGCUGACAGCUACAUUCAAACAGCGGAAGGUUGAGCUGGUCGAGGAAGGAUUCGACAUCAACAAAAUCCUGGAUCCUCUGUAUUAUGCUGACCAAGUCACCAAGUCCUACAUUCCCAUAAAACAGGAUACGUACUCCAGAAUCUUGACCACGUCCAAGUUGUAGGGGUGGCAGGUGAACCCUAUCCAAGUUGUAGGGGUGUACAGAUGUACCUUAAACCACUGGUGCCUUGUAACUGAUGUAGGGAACCUUAUAUUCCUAAUUUUACUACAUAGAGUCAAUACUAGGUAUUAAGUCUAAGGAAUAUUAACAUUAGCUGAUUUUAUCUGAUAUUCCCUUUUCACACGAACAAUGAGCUUUGUUACUGCAUUAUAUCUGGAGUUUACAGUUUAUUUCAUCCUACAUGAAACAAAGAUAACUGUCCAUUUAAUAAUUAUUAUUAAUAAUUUUACAUUUACAGCACCAUCUUGAUAGUAAUGAGGGAUGUGGUCAAGCACACAACAUAUUUUUACCCAAGUUAGUGUAUCAUCUUACAUUCAUGUUUUCCAUUCUCAGCUCCAUGGGGAGUAUACAAGAAUCCAGUCACAUCAACAAGAAGAACUGAAUUUGAAAUUUCCUAGUGAUGGAAUUAAUCAUACCGUACCUAAAUGGAGCUUACAGAUAUUAGUCAGUAUCUUUCUUCAGAAACAGCUAAAAUAUAUGUCCUGGUUUUUAACAUAUAUUAAUGAGACUUGUGCCUGAAAUGAACAAUUGCUCAAAAGCGGUUGCUGAUUUUUGUGUUACCUGUUUUCAGAUGAACUAAUGAUUCCUCUACAUGCUACUGGUUUAUGUAUCAUGGCAUGAAAGACGUGACUAUGUACAGGAUAUUUGCCUUUUUCUUGUCAAAUGUGACCCGACGAAAUUGCUGUAUUCAUGUGUGGUGCAGCCAUGAGAGAAAUUGUCAUCUUUUCUAGGUCACGAGAUAAACAUGUUUGAUGAAAAAGAUAAAUGUUCUAUUUCUUACCGGGUAAGUAUUUUCUUACUGAUCUUACUUACGUUGUUAUGAAAUAGACUGAAAGUAGUUCCUGCGUAGUGUUAUUUCACUCGAGUGAGAUGUAGAAAAUCUCUCCCUUGUGUCUUUUGAUAUCAAAUAUAUCAGCCCUCGUCGAUGAAAGUUUAAAACUAUGAAGCUUGGCGAAAGAUAGCAGGCAACCUCAUUGAGGCUUGCCAAGGACUUUUAAACUUUCAGUGUUGAUGUAUAUUUGAUAUAAAAAGAUCUGAGGGUGAGCUUCAGUUUACCAUAAAGAAUCAUUCUUCCCUCUGUCUAUGUGUAAACAGUAAUAACCAGUGUCUUGGGUUUAAUAAGUACAGCUAACAAGUUUCAGUGUAAGAGAGAUUAGUGAUGUCAUUUGAUUAUGACAUCAUGGUAAUUGAUGAUGUCACAAUGGCCUUCAAAACAUUGUGAUGCAAUUUCCUUGUUGCAAUUCAGUAUUUCAUCACUGAAAACAUUAGUCCAUGUUUAAUUGGCUGCAGGAAGUUAAGAAUUGUACAGAGCCUAUAUUGAUGUUCCAUUCACAACAUUAUGUAUACUAAACAGAUAAAAGCAAAAUGGCAGCAGGUAUCGGAAAAUAUUUCCUAAACCCGUUUCUUCAAUUGUCUACAGUCUGUGGCACGAGUCAAAUAUCAGCGAUGCAUGUGCUUAAUGACCCUGUUAAAAUUGUCCAGUUUUCAUUGGUUGAUGUCUGUUAUAUGUGUUGAAGACUAUAUUCUAACCAUCUUGAGUAACGCACAAUAAUGAGGACAAGGCUCUCUGUGAUAAUUUUAGCAAUAGAUCAUUUACUCUGAUAGGAUACUUUUCCGCGUGAUCUAAGGACACCUGUAAAUAAUCAAGUUUGAACCAGACAAUCCAGUCAUCAAUUUUAAUUCACGCCAUCCAUGAACAUUGACAUGCCAUCAACCAAGUCACUGAGUCUGACAACCUGAUCAAUUAAGACACCAACAUUAGUUUCUGGGAACCAAUUAUAACCAGGAAUCGAUAACUUUCUUAAAAGCCAUAUUAGCUUCAAGGCUUGUAGAUUUUCAUAACAAAUUAGCAAAGUCAAUCCAGCAUAUCUUGAAAACGAACUAAAAUGACAACUUCUAAAUGUAGAUAAGAAAAGCAGCAUUAUUAUAGCGUUGAGGAUAUUUUAUACACCCUGUUGGUUCUGAAAGUCAUGGCAUCUACACCCAAACAAGAUUAUCAUCAAAGGAAUAUUUGUGUUUUGUGUGAGUUUUCAUGUGUGUAAAUUUGAUCAUAUUACUCCAGACAAAUUCAUUUCAAUUAUUAUUUUACCAGAUUCUGCUAAACAGGCGGGGUUCAGUUAUCAUAGAAUCAUAUGAUGUCAUCCAUUGUAUCAUGGCGUCACUGGACCUGUGAAGAUCUAGGUUAGAAUUAGUUUUCAACCACCCAUAUUUGUUGUAAGAGACAACUAAUGGUAUCAGGUACGCAGGCUCCCUGACUUGGUUGAUGCAUGUCAUUGUAUCCAAUUGCGUAGAUUGAUGCUCAUGAUGUCAGUCACUUAAUUGUGUGGUCCAGGCAUGAUUAUUUGCAGACCUCUGUCAUAUAGCUGGAAUAUUGCUGAGUGUGGUGGUAAAUAACAAACAAAGUCAAUGUCAUCACAUUCCAGUGUGAUGUGUGAGUCAGGUCCAGACAAUCCAGUGAUUGACAUCAUGAGCAUCGAUCUACACAAUUGGGAUACGAUGAUAGCAUCGACAAAGUCAGCAAGACUAACCAACCAAUCCCGUUGGUCACCUCUUACGAUAAGCAUGGGUUACUGAAGACCUAUUCUAACCCACAUCUUAAAGGUAUGAUGUGUGAGUGUUCAUGUAGAGAGAAAGUUCUCUAGAAACUUACUGAUAACUGUUGUAAUUUACAAUGUCAAUGAACUUAUGUGUUUUUCAAACUUAUGCUGAUUCCAAAUCAAACUUCUAUGCAUUGAAUAUAAAAUAACAACCUCAAAUCUGAAAACACAUACUAUUUGUCUCCUAAUUUUAGAUGACAAUGUUAUAAUGUGCUCUUGUACUAUCGGAUUUUACGUCAAAGUGUGCAUUAAUAAUAUAAUUCAGCUUUUUUGGUUGACACAUUAAUUGUUUGUUGUAAUUGGAAAAAGUAUGGUUGUAGUGUUCAAAACUAUACAUGAAAGCCUAGGGGUCCUUAGUUAGCACAAACUUUGGGGAGCCCCCAGAUUCAAA